UCUGUACAAAAGUUCUUUCCAAACACAGUUUUGUUUUUGUUUUUCUCUCCACUUCAGCGCAGUUACUUGAGGCGGGAGUUCGUGGCCUCCGCUCCACUCGUCUCGUCUGGACGUCCCGCUGAAGACGCGGUCACGCGUGCAUCCACUUUCUGAGACGCGCCGAGAGAAGACGACGCUAUGAGGGCCAUCACAACGACGAGCAAGCAUUUCUGCCUUCUCUGCUUCGGCUUCUCCUGCUUCUUUCUCACUGGGUUUGCUGUCACGUACGAAUGUCCUUCAAAUGGGCAUGUAUGGAGUACGUAUGGGAACAGCUGCUAUUGUUUUUUGUUCAAUGAAGGCGAUCUUUCAAAAAAGUACAGAUUUGAGAGUGCUAAAGAUCUCUGCCAAGGACUUGGCAGUGACCUGUUAAGUAUAACUAGUGAUGAAGAAAACAAAUUUAUUACUGAUUACAGCCACAGAGUUUGGAAAACCAGUGUGGAGAUGUGGCUUGGAUUGUUUCUGAAUACAGAUACGGAUUCUCUGAAAUGGUUUGAUGGUAAUGAUGUCCUGUAUACCAACUGGGAACACAGCGAGUACAGCAUGGAGCCUGAUAACGUGAACACGUGUGCUGUGCUCCACACUGGGACAGGAAAGUGGGGCAAAGUGAUGUGUGAAGAAACUGUGGAAAACGGAGUCGUCUGUGAAACGUCUCUCAAACUCGUACAAGAAAAGCCCGGCAGCAAUAACAAGGUUCUAUUUUCGGCUCUGGUCAUCCUGAGUGUGGUCACUAUUCUAGUUCUUUCCACUGUUGUUUGGUUCCUGUAUCAGAAAAAACACAAUGGAGGGACUCUCUUCACGGCCAUAGAGUAUCAUCCGCCUCUUGUGCCUUCAUAUUCUGAUGAAACUGUACUGGUGGAUGCAGAGGAAAAGGAGUAUUCAGCAUGAUGUUACUAAAGGCUCGCUCAUUUUUCCACACAGUUCAUACACAGCUUAACAAUUCUGUGGCUCUCGGUGUAUUUUCAUAAUGGGGAUGUCUGACCUUUUUUUUUUUUCUUCAACAAAGUGCUCUUUGUUGGGGGCCGGGGUCCGAGUAGCCCACUGUAACACCAAGUUGCUGUGACAUUCACAAGAGUGCUUCGUGUGAGGUGCCAGUGUGACACUGGGUGGAGGUAAUGGACAGAGAAUUAGUGUUCCGAAUUAAAACAAGUGUUGAUUUAUAUUGUUAUGUUAUCAAUUUGCUUUUAACACGGGACAGCUAAGAUUUUGCUUCCUGAACAUUUGAGGGUGCAUCGUAAGGAUUUUGGCCUGCUGAUCACAAAAAUCACCUUUACAUUUUUUUGCCAUAUAAGGUUUUAUUGUGAUUUCUUCUCAUAUUCCAAGUAUAUGUAUACAGUACACUAACUAGUCAAACAGCAGCUACUGCUAUGAAUGGGACAGCCGUGUUCAAGGGUCUCAUUACAGUAAUGAGAACUGGCCAGUCCAUGAACGUUUGGUUCCAGGGGAAGAGACCAACCUGCCAAAAACAUUUUGCUGUCACUUGCUGAACAAGGAAGGUGAAGUAUUUCAGUAAUUGAGACGCGAGGUUUCCAUGAAAAACUGAUGUCAAGAUUAAGGAAGACAUUUGCGUUAAUCCACAAAUCGGACAGGUCAUCAAUUUGAGUGCAUAGGAAGGCAGUCAAGGAUGUUGAGAAUUUUCUCGACUAACAACAGAGCACCAAACGCCAUCCAGACAUACUUCAAGCAUACAAAACCACAAAGUGUAACUUGUCCCGUAGUGCUGCAGUCACACGUGGGACACUGCCUGCUAAUCUCUGCAGUCGACACUGCCAUGAUUGAAAAGCUGUAUUAACACAAGUACAAUGCUGGCUGACUACUGUUGGACACUGAAAUAUCAAACGUAGAGUACAAACAAAACUCAGCAAACUCUCUACACAAGUUAACUGCACUAAUGCAACAUGUCAGCAUGACUGAGAGAUUAAGGGCCCUAAAUUCAAGAAAAUCUGACCUCACAUCUCCAACUUCCUACAUGACACGGACAAUCUGAAGUUGUGUUGGUGUACAGAAGGAAGCCGUUGGUCAGUCGCCAAAAAUGUUUCAGGAAACAAAAUCUCAAUGAAAUGUCCAGUGUAUUCCAGCAUUACAUUUAUAUUAAUUUACUGUAAGAGUUAAGUGCCUAUUUUGUCAAAAUAUAAUUUUUUUUUUUUUAAAUGUUGUAUACACUAGCCUGGAACACUUCAAUUAAUAAAUGCAAAAUUUAUUUUUAUUAUUGAACUGUUGGCUUGUUACAGUUUUGGUAUACCAACAAUUGUCUACAGAAUAAUACCGUGAAUAAAAGUAUAUAUUGUUAAACAUUAGGUAGCUUUUAAUUCAGAAAUUUUUAAAAUAUUCUCCUAAAACAUCUGAGUGUAUGGAAUGCUUUUCUCCUCUCGAUUACGCCAAAAUUGAUCUACCAUCUUGUUGAAAAGUUUAUCAUUUAUACAAUAACCAAAUGAAUAAGCGCCAGCGAGCUGUCCUGUUAAGAGAAAUUAAAGAAUGCAUUAUGUGUGUG